UGCUUUGUUGCUUUUCAUAUAGGCAGUCUUGAACUAUGCUCUCAAGCAAGGUCUAUAAUUGGUCUAUAAACACAAGGUCAGGACACGAUACCGUGAUGCUCAGCGGCAGUCGUCAUAUUGAGUCUUUUACGACGUGACCGAUGUUUCUAGAGCGAAGUGAUUAUUUAUUUGUUUCUUUCUAUUUCAGUUAAUUUGAUUUCUUAUUUAAUUGUGUAUUUUAAAAAUGGUUGGGUGUUCAGCACCGAAUUGUAAAAAUUCGACAGAAAAAGGUGUAAGAUUGUUUCGUUUUCCCGCUGACAAAGCCAGGAAAGCUAAAUGGGGUCAAUAUUGCAGAAGAGAAAAAUGGAAGCCAACUGAGAGUUCAAGGCUAUGUGAGAUACAUUUUGAGGAGUCACAAUUUGAACUUAAAAGAGCGGAUGGGAGAAAAUUAUUGAAAUGGAAUGCAAUUCCGACUCUUUUUGAUCUUCCAAAUUUUACACCCCGUCUGCCAUUAAGAGAAGCACCAAGAGAAAGAGAACCACCUCCAAAUGAGUGCAGCUUUGCUUUGUCGUCUGUGAAUUGUAAUGAAGCAGAAGAGUCUGCAGCUGUAGAUACAAAUGAUAGUCAUAAUGAAAAAGAAGCAGAAGCAGAAGAGUCUGCAGCUGUAGUUGCAAAUGAUAGUCGCAAUGAAAAACUUGCUGCAGAAAAUAAAAUGUUGAAAAGAGAGAUAAGAAGACUAAUGGAGAGGCAAGAGGCAUUGGAGAGAAAGCUUAGCAAAUUUUUGAAGCCUGACCAAGUGCAGUAUAUGCAGAGGGUGAGCAAGAGUAAUCCCUAUCCGUGGACUAACGAGACCAUCAGGCAUGCAUUACAAUUAAAAUGUGCUGUAGGUAAUAGAGGUUAUGAAUACCUUAGACAAAUUGAGUAUCCUUUGCCGUCAUCGAGGACAAUUAACAGAAGAAUUAAAUCCUGCAGAUUCAAUUCUUCUAAUUUACUCAAGACCUUACUCUCAAGUUAGUGUGUUGGAUUGCUGAUAGCUGGCAUUAGAGUCGUACUACGGUGAGAAGUUGGUUUAACCAUUUGGUUAUUAGGUAUUUUUACUGUUUUCAAGCAUUUUUGUAACUUUCUUUUUCUAUGUUUUGUCAAAAAGAAUCUUAUUUGUAAUUACAUUUUUUAAUUUUAUAUCAUGUAUAAUGA